CUCGCUAUGCCGCUCGCGUGCCGCGCUCGCUCGUGUUGUGGUGCUUUAUGAUGGUGCGGCAUGGAAGUGCGAGACAUGCGGACGUUCCGUGAGCGACCACCCACGAGAUACGCGACCGCCGCCGGUGGGAGCAGGACUACCACCCGACGGCUGCUCAGGUAGAAAGUAGAGGCAAUCAGUGCGGCAGUCGGUCGCAGUGCGUGGGGAUGGAGCUGGUAAUAGUGAAGGCCAGAGCCCAGCUGAAUCGUCUUCUGUGGGCGGGUGAGAAACGCGCGGUCGUGCGCGAGGGGGUGCGCGGGGAGCGCGGGGGGGCCGGCGGCCGCGCGCGGGCGGGGCGCGAGCGCAGCAUGGCCGCCGCGCCCGCGCCGGCGUCCGCCGCGCCCUGGCUCAACGCCACGCUGGCCUUCAACGCGACGCGCCCCAACGACACCGACUACGAGCUGCUGAACGCCAUCGCCGAAGACCGCGACGACCACUGGUUUUGCGCCAAAUGGACCAGCGCACAACAGGACCUAUUUCAGGCAGCGAAUUUGUGCUUCGCACUGGCGUUCUUCGUGCCGAAGCACUUCAAGCAGAGUAUCUUAGUGCUGCGCGCGCUAGCAGCGGCGGGCGCGGUGCUAAUGGCGAUGUGGGCGGGCGCCGAGGUGUGCGCUCCCGACAUUCUCGCCUGGAGCCUCGCCGUGCUCCUCGUGAACUCGGUGCACUCGGUUUUCUUAAUUAUAAGAUUUCUUCCGCCGGCGCUGUCACUGGAGCUGACGGAUCUGUACUUGAAGUUGUUCAAGCCACUGAAGGUGAGCAAGAAGCAUUUCCAAGAGCUGACACGCGAGGCGAGGCUCAUGCGGCUCGAGGCAGGCGAGGCCUACGCGCUAGAAGACGUCACGCCCGCCGACGAAAGGCUCUCAAUACUCCUAAAGGGAAAAAUGCGGGUGAGCUGUGACGAGACGCAUUUACACUACAUACAGCCAUAUCAGUUCGUGGACUCGCCGGAGUGGGAGGCCAACAGGGAACAAUCUGACGAUGUCUUCCAGGUGAGCGUGGUGGCGGAGGAGGUAUGCACGUGCGUGUGCUGGCCACGCAUGCGACUCGAACGUGUUCUACGACACCGGCCGGCACUAAAGGUCGUGCUCGACUGUCUCAUAGGGAAAGACAUUACUCACAAGCUGUAUUCGGUGAGCGAGGGCUUAGGCAUCGCGGGCGCGGGGGAUAGCGAGGGAGUGCCCCCGCAUCUGACGCGCUCGGCCAGCGUAGACGCCGUACAUGAAGGCGCCCGCGGUCGACUCCGCAGCCUCGCCUGGCGAGCCAGAACCGCCGCGCCCAAAGGUAAUAUUUCAGGGAGCUCGUAUUGGCAGCCAGUGGUGGCACGUCAGUUCCUGCGACAAUCGCCGUUUGGGCGCGCUAUGCUGCCGCCGCGGCUAGUGGCACAAGCAUCAUCAGCCAGCUUGCAACCGCCCCCGGCCAGCCUGCAGCCACCUGCAAACCGCCGACGCGAGGUCAAGUUUGCGGAGACGCCGAGCGCGGUGGAACCAGCCGUGUGACGCGGGCCGCGGCUCCAGCCCGAGCUGGUGCCGCUCGUUGCCGCCCCGCAGCCCCCGCAGCCGCCGCACUUCCCCUACACUACUCACAUGUCUCACGCAGACUCGCCCACAUCCAUACUCUCCCCCUGACAUCAACCCACAUUCGAGCGAACGACACCGCCACACAUGACAGACUUUUAAACACAUUUGUAUGUACAGUAAAACGAGCCGAUAAGGGAAAUUACUAACAUGAGACUAGUAAAAAUUAAACGCUAAAAGAAAAUAAUAAUUUUAUAUUGCCUGUUUAAAAAAAGAGCUUCCUAAUAGAACAGUAUACACGUGUAAUACUUAGCUUAUGUUCGCUCGAAAAGUGACGAUUGAGUGGGACAUUCCACCGCAAGUGACAGAGACACGUCGUCGGUGUGAAGUGAUACUGACUGCUAAACUUGUUGAAUUUUCAUAAUGACAUUAUUAUGUAAAAUGUAAUUAUUGUGUGAAAAGUAGAUUUAGAUAGCUAGAAUAAAAUGUAUUUUGUAUUGUAUGUUGCAUUUGAAUAAAACCGCUCAAGCGUUGUAUAGCUCUAUAUAAUAUAACGAUCGGAUCGAUAUAGAACUGAGCGUUAUCGAUGCGAGCGAUCGAGAGAGAACUAAAUACUAACACGACUAUAUGUACAUAUAUGUACACGAGAUG